AUGGCUCUCGCAUCCAGGUGCUGUGCACGUCUCGCCCGUUCUGCCGUCGCUUCCCCAUCUCUCAGACUCGCACCUUUCGCUGCGGCGCCUCGGCGAUGGAACUCUACCGCCUCUGCUGAUCCCAAGAUCGCUGGCAUUGUAGAUCAGAUUUCCGGUCUGACACUGUUGGAGACCGCUGACCUGGUCUCCUUGUUGAAGACUCGCCUCAACAUCCCCGACGUUGCACUUCAGUCUUUCGCACCAGCGGCUGGUGCGGCUGCUCCUGCUGCCGCCGCGCCAGAGGAGGCCGCUGAGGAGCCGGUCCUGGAGAAGACCAUGUUCAAUCUGAAGCUCCAGUCGUUCGACGCCGCAGCGAAACCUAAGAUCAUCAAGGAGGUUAAGUCUCUCCUCGGCCUGUCACUGGUCGAGUCGAAGAAGUUUGUCGAGUCCGUGCCAAAGAUGCUGAAGGAGGGACUUGUCAAGGAGGAGGCCGAGAAGAUAGCGAAGACAUUGAAGGAUCUUGGUGCUGUCGCGAUUUUGGAGUAA